AUGGGAGAAGCAGGAAUCACUAUUCCUUUUGGGUAGCCCUUAAAUAAAGACAAAAAACUGAUAGAAAUGCAAGAAGAAUUACUAUCCCACAUAAAUUAUGUGAAUGACUGUUUUGAUAAAGAAUUGCUGGCCAUAGGAAGUACGCAUAAUAAAAAUGGAAGAAGAAUUAUAUUAUCAUAAUAUAAAGUAGAUCCAAAUAUUUUUGGUUUUUCUGUAAAUACCUUUGAAUUGCGCAACCAUGUAAAUUUCUUGUCUUAGUAAUUUUACUAAAUUUGUGUAUCAGAACCUAUAUAUAAAAAUAAUAGUAAAUAUAAAUUAUAAUAAAGAAAAUUGCUAGCAGAAAGAAAUAGACUAAUCGCUUAUAAUGAAAAGGGUUAAACCUUUGGCAGAUUAAUUUGGCUUCAGAGAAAUAAUAAUAUAGAUUCUGUUAGUAAUCCUCUGCGUAGGAUUGAUUACUUGGGAUGCUGUCUAAUUACAAUUAAAUAUCUACCCAGAAAUAGGAGGAUCGAGUAUACAUUACUUAUUAUACUUACGAAUUAGCUUAAUAUUUGUGCUCUUUAUUUCAUAAUUGAUGUAUCACAAAUUAUAAAUUAGUUAUGUGACGAGGGCAAUAAAAUUAUAAUUUUAUUUAUCCUAUCUCUUUAGUUUGAUAAUUACUAUCCUAACUAUUCUGUGUUUGUACGGGUUUAAUAUUAUGAAAGAAAAAUAUGGUGACAUAAUAAUGCAAAUGGGAUAGUGUGGAGUGAUAUUAAUUGGAUGCUUUCUUUUAUGCAUUCACUUAUAUAAACUAGAAAUUAAUUUAUAGAGAAUAAGGGUAUUGUUGGGAGCUUAAUACUAAUCACCUCUGGGUUGCUUUUGA